AUGUCAGUGUUUGGCAAAAAAGAAUUUGAUGUGAAACAGAUCCUAAGGCUACACUGGAGGUGGUUUAGUCAUCCUUCUCAAGGAUCCUCCAACACUGGAAACUGCCUUCAGCAGGAAGGAUAUGAGCUUAGAGGGACCCCGGUUCAGGGCACAUUGAACAACCACUCUCAGGACAGAAAUAGACUGGAAAAAAGGAACAAUCCUUUCUAUCCUAACAUACUAACAUCAGCGCCAGGACUAGCCCCUGACCAUCAAAGAGUUCAGAAUUGGCACUCACAAAACCUGAUAGAACAUUUUCGAGCAAAUGAAGCUACUCCUAUGGCACUUCCAGAAGGGAAUUUGUUUAAAGAAGCCUGAGAAACACUUAAAGAUUUGGAGAUGAUUGCUGCUGAUAAUACAGAAGAUUCUACAGUGAGAUUAGAUACACAAUAUCCUGAAGAAAUGAAUAUUCAUAGAUCUGAGGAGCAGUUUCAUGCUGUAAAUCAUGCAGAACAAACUCUUCACAAAAUUGAGAACUAUCUGAAAAAGAAACAACUGUGUGAUGUACUACUUAUUGUGGGACACCUCCGAAUUCCAGCCCAUCAGUUGGUUCUCAGUUCAGUGUCCUAUUAUUUUGCUGCAAUGUUUACUAAUGAUGUAUUUGAAGCCAAACAAGAAGAGGUCAGGAUGGAAGGAGUUGAUCCUAAUGCACUUAAUUCCUUGGUGCAGUAUGCUUACACAGGUAAAAUAAAAAUAAAAGAAGAUACUAUUGAAAAUUUGCUGGCUGCAGCUUGUCUCUUGCAGCUGACUCAAGUCAUUGAAGUCUGCUCCAAUUUUCUCAAAAGGAAGCUCCACCCUUCAAACUGCUUAGGGAUUUGAUCAUUUGGAGAUGCCCAAGGUUGUACAGAGCUCCUAAGUGUGGCACAUAAUUACACAAUGGAACACUUCAUCGAGGUCAUAAAGAACCAAGAAUUUCUCCUGCUUCCAGCUAAUGAAAUUUCAAAACUUCUGUGCAGUGAUGACAUUAGUGUGCCUGAUGAAGAAACUAUUUUCCAUGCUUUAAUGAAGUGGGUGGGGUAUGAUGUGCAGGCUAGGAAAGAAGACCUAGCAAUGUUGCUUUCUUUUAUCAGACUGCCAUUACUUCCACCACAGAAAAGGUAUGAUCCAAAAAAUGAUUCAUGGUCAACUGUGGCACCUCUGAGUGUUCGAGAUGCCGUUGCUGUAUGUCCCCUCGGAGGUAAACUCUAUGUGGUUGGAAGAUAUGAUGGACACACUUAUUUGAACACUGUUGAGUCAUAUGAUGCACAGAAAGAUGAAUGGAAAGAGGAAGUUCCUGUCAACACUGGAAGAGGUGGUGCAUGUGUUGUGGUAGUGAAGCUGCCAUAA